AUGUAUUUUCGCCUCCAACAGGUGCCUGAACAUCUCAAGAUCUCGUUGGUAGGGUUACGUAUGGAGGGGGUUGCUUCCGAAUGGUACCAGUGGAUUUUCUUGAGCAACCGUGUGAAUUCUUGGCCAGAGUUUGCCUUUGCGGUGAAGGAGCAUUUUGGUUCUUCUGAUUAUUACGAUUUGAAGGGUUUAUUAUCCAAAUUAUCCCAACAAGGUUCCUUAUUUGAUUACGUCCGUGAAUUCGAAAGCCUCAUCAAUCAGGUCACAGAGUUCUCAGAUGAUCAGCUUAUGAGCUUGCUGCUGCUUAUGAGGCCCAUCAUUCAGAGUUGCGUUCUUCAUUCACUUCUUCCUCUAAGAAGUAUUACAACACUUCCAAGUCUUCACCAAUUUCUUCGGCCUCUCCCUUGUCGUAGUAGGUACCUGAGAAAAGUGCGUGCAGAUCCUGGAAAAAUUGAGGCCAUGAUUAAUUGGCCAAUACCUGGGACUUUGAAGCGGCUACGUGGCUUCCUUGGUCUUACGGGGUAUUAUCGUCGGUUUGUCCACAAUUAUGCUAUGAUUGCUGCUCCAAUGUCAGACCUUCUGAAGGGGGAUGGAAAAUUUAAUUGGUCUCCUGCAGCAGAGUUAGCCUUUCAACAUCUGAAGACCAUCAUGACUGGGACACUUGUUCUUGCACUACCAGACUUCUCAUCCCCUUUUGUGUUAGAAACAGAUGCGCCUACUACUGUUGUGGGAGUUGUGUUAUGUAAGAACCCGCUCCGUUGA